UCUGAGGUAUGUUUCUAAACGCGCGGAAGUUGUCGGUUGAGAGGGACGUUAACCUAAAUGUAUGUUUGUUAGAAGCCAGCUAUUAUAGUUAUAAAACACAUUUUGUUUUACAGUGGAUGUCGUGGAACAGCAACUUGCAAGGAUGACUCGUGCGUUCCAAGUUCAAGUGUCUGACAGCUAGACAGUUAGCAGUAUUUUAGCUAACAGGCUACCUGCCUUAAAUGGCGUGUCUUUGAUCUAAGAACGCAAUACCAGAGCCCUAUUGUGAAUAUAGUCGAUGUUCGCUCAUCAUUGUUGGAUAGCUAGUAUGUUAAAAAGUUUAACAGCAGCGUGUCUUCGUCCCGAGUUUUCUUGUUGAUUACAUUAGCUGUUAGCAUUACUGCAUGCAUCCCAGCUUUUUGUUGUGAUCUUGCCAGUGUGCUAGUUAGCUAGUUAGCCAAUUGAACUUUUGUGGGAGUUCCUGAAGUACAUUAGACCGCGGAAACCUGCUACAGCACCUCGAACAACUUACUGUAUUUGUGUUUUGUUAUAACUAGUCGGUAGUUAAUUUGCUGAUCAACUGGAUAACUAUCAACCAGGCUCACGAUGUUGGGGGAGUGCGGUAUGAAAGAACGGGAAAAGCAGGUGCUGAAGAAACGCUCCGUUGCGCUCUGCAAAGAGAUGGUUGUGGACGAGUUACUCAUUCAGUCCCUUCAGGCAGAAAACAUUCUGACUGAAAACAUGGCAGAAAGUAUUCUGGCUAAAGAGACGUCCCAAAAGCGAAGCUGGCAUUUGCUGUCCAUCCUGCCCAAGCGAGGACCAAAAGCCUUCAGCUGUUUUUGCACAGCUCUCAGGGAAACCGAGCAGGAUCACCUGUAUGAGCUGCUCACAAGUUGUCCAGAGAAAAAGCGGUACUUUGAGACCGACUUGCCUCUUCCUGUUCAGGAGUGCUCAGUGCCUGCCAAGAGGGCCAGACCUAAUGACUCCAUGGAAACAUGCCUGGAUGCUGACUGCCCUGUUAACACGGUCUUACAGCCAUGCACAUCUGAGUUCUAUGACUCCCACUGCCAACAGGCGUACAGAAUGCGGUCCUCGCCCAGAGGGCUGGCCCUGGUGCUUAGCAAUGUGACCUUUGACCCUGAGGUGUCUGACUUUGAGACGCGGCGGGGAGGCGAGGUUGAUGAGGAGGUGCUGACAAAACUCUUUGAGGAACUGAACUUCCGCGUGGACAUCCGCAAGGACCUCACUGCUCAAACCAUGCGCGAACGUAUAGAGCAGUUUAGCCAGCGGCCGGAGCACAGUGAGCUGGACUGUUGUGCUGUGUGUCUGCUGUCCCACGGAAAGGAGGGGGGCGUCUACGGGACGGAUGGGGAGCUCCUGGAGCUGGACUGGGUGUUUGAGGCCUUUAAUAACGCCCACUGCCCCCAGCUGCAGAACAAACCAAAGAUGUUCUUCAUCCAAGCCUGCAGAGGAGAGGAGAUGGACAAUGGUGUGGACCAAUUGGAUGGCUCCGAGCGAACUCAGUCGCCAGGCUGUGAGCAGAGGGAUGCUGGGAGAGACGAAGAGAGCGAACGACAGAACAGAGAGAGGGAGGAGAGGGAACGAGAGAGACUCCGGGUCAAGCUUCCCCAGCGCUCCGACAUGAUCUGCGGCUUUGCCACUCUCAAAGGUUGGGGCACGGCGGCCAUGCGGAACACUAAGAAAGGGUCCUGGUACAUCCAGGAGCUCAACACGGCCAUCAGACAGAGAGCCAGAGACACACACCUGUCUGACAUCAUGGUGCAGGUGAACGGCCGUAUAAAGGAGAGAGAAGGUUAUGCUCCAGGCUUAGCUCAUCAUCGCUGCAAAGAGAUGUCAGAGUUCACCAGCUCCCUUUGCAAAGAUCUGUUCCUCUUCCCCAAGUACUGCCCACCCAACUGAACUCUCUCUCUCUCACACACACACACACACACACACACACACACACACCACAUUCCAGAGCCAUUUGCCUCCCACACACACUCCUUAUGCAAUGCCAUUCACUAAGUUUUUCCAUCUAGACAUUCCUCGAUACUCGCAUCCAGAUUCCUAGACCAACAGAAGUUGCAUUCAUAAGUGCUUUUCUGCUGUGCCAAAAUUCUCACGCACUUGCAAACAGACACACACACACACACUUGUUUACUCACAUUCAAGGCACUUACUCAAGCAUGCUAAAUGUGCCAUUUUAAUGCAGCUUACAUAUGGAUAUAGUGAAAAGUUCUAAAUUUUUACAAGUUUCAUGUUUCGGCAUUUUUUUCCACACCAGUAAGAACAUGAUGCCGAUGAGUGAUACAUUAUUUUCCAAAUUUCCUAAAAUGAUUUUACACUGUUGUUUUUAUUGUGUUUUAUAAUGUUUUUGUAACUGUGUUUUACAUGAGGUGCGCUCUUUUGUACGGUCCUGUCCAUGCCCUUAGUUCAUACUCUCUUUUCUCUCUCUCUGUACAGUUCCAAUAGUCUCUUUAUACUGCCAUACCUACACACACAUUCACCCCAGUUUGAACGACCUUGUUGUGAAUAAUGUAUACUUUGUAUACCUUAUUAUCUUUGGGUAUACCUUGUAUCUUUGGGGAUGCACCUUUUUGAAGUACUUAUAAGCUUGGUUGGGGUUAAACACGCAGCUGUAUAGUGGUGUUCAUGUAUUACGAAUGAAAGACACUUUGAAUGGGCCUGGACAGAACAGAAUCAUCUAUUUGUAUUUUAGCACAGGAUAAACCCUAUGUAUAUAAAUAAGAUUUUAUUUGGCCUUAUUCUACAGUCCAUUUAGGCAAUAAUUGUACUACACCAGUAUUCUCCUAAAUGCCCUCCUCCCUGUACAAUGGAUUUCCAACCACCCCCAGCUAUUUUCUACAUAUUUCUUUCAGUUUUCCUUUCAUUUUUUUACUGACUGUUUUAACGGUCUCAUUAAUUAUGUUUUUUUUUCUGUUGUCAUUCUAUUUUUGUAUUUUGUUUUUAUUGGUCCCUUUGUCGUGUUUGUCCCUGUUGGUAAUUUUGUUUUGUCUUUAACCUAAUGGGCAUUUUCGCUUCCUGAAAUGAAAUAUGCAAUAUGAA